GUAAUGGAUAUGAUUAACAUGUAUUCAAAGCAGCGUGGACGUGUUAUUGAAUAUCGAGAAAUUUUAUAUGGAUAUCAUCGACUGAACCCUCUUUAUGGAGCAGAUUACAUACUGGAUAUGUUGUUAAUGUAUAAGAAGUAUCGGGGACGCAAAAUGACAGUGCCAGUCAGGAGACAUGUCUAUUUACAACAACAGUUCACAGAUCUCGAAAUAAGAGAAAUAUAUGAAGGAGAGGAAGUGGCAAGUCCCCUCAAAGACAGUACGGAAGUUGCUGUAGAAGAUUUGCCUGAUGGAAAGCCCGGCAUGCCUGGAGUAAUUAAAGAUGCGUUUGAGAGUGGGCUGCUUAAAAUUGGAGAAUCCUUUCCAUUUGUCCUCAGCUCUCAUCUUCCAAAGAAAACGCCAACAGUGAAAGACAAGUUAAUCAACUUCAUUCUCCCCCUGUCUGGAAGAAUUGAAACUUUCAAACGUUUCAUUGCAGUAUUUGAAGAUGUGUGCUUGAAGAAUGAUGAGAAAGUGUCAUUAAUUGUGGUUGUGUUUCCUCAUGAGAAAGAAAUAACUAGUAGUAAUGAGACAAUCAAACUAAUGAACAAUUUGCAGAGGAGGUAUCCAGAUGUGCGUCUUUUGUCAAUUUUAGUGAAUGAACAAUUUGCUCGUGCCAUGGCCCUAGAAAUGGGCGCAGCUCAAUGUGCUGAAGACGAUUUGAUGUUUUUCAUUGAUGUAGAUAUGGUAUUCACUUCUAGUGCCUUGCAUAGGAUACGAACUAACACAAUUCAAGGGAAGCAAGUGUACUUCCCAAUAGUGUACAGUGAAUUUGAUCCAACUGUUGUGUACAAAACUGCAGGAUUUUCUACCUCGCCAAACCAUUUCUUAGUGAACAGAGAUAGUGGAUAUUGGCGACAGUUUGGUUUUGGAAUUGCAAGUAUGUACAAAAGUGACUUAAAACGUGUUGGUGGUUUUGACAUUUCAAUACAUGGGUGGGGAAAAGAAGAUGUUGAAUUGUUUGAUAAAUUUGUGGCAGCAGCGAAAAAUAUAACUAUCUUCAGAGCUGCUGAUCCCAGUCUAGUUCAUGUCUUUCAUAUUGUAGACUGUGAUCCUAAGUUGGAUGAGUCCCAACUUCGCAUGUGUAGAGGAACGAGAGCAGAUACGUAUGGGGGUGUCUUCCAACUUGCUCAGUUUAUUUAUUCCCACAAAGAUAUUUUAUUAUUUGCUAGGAACAAGAAUAAACAUGAACCGCCUUCUUGACAUUUUAUGUA